AAAAAGACAGAACUUGAACUUUACCCAACAAACGGUGGGGAGAGAAAGGAGAAGGAGAAUCGGCAAAACGGCGCCGCAUCCGUCGUUCCGGUCGUCGUCGUCGUCGUCGCCGUCGUACUCCUCCUUCACCCUCGCUUCCAAGCUCACCGCAUCCUUUUCCAGCAGAAAAAGAAAAAAGCCAUUUUUCCCCGGGAGGAAAGGAGAGGGACCCAUCUCGAUUUCGCUUCCUUCGUCCACCGCGGAGGGGCGGGAGAACGAGUAGAGCGCAGCGAUGCCGUCGGAGGACGCGAAGGCGGCGGCGACUGUGGCGGCGGCGGCCCAGUUGGCGAGGGACGAGGACGAGGACGGGAUGAGCUUGGGCUCCAUGCUCAAGGACAGGAAGAACAGGGCCCUCAAUGCCGCCCCCGCCUCUUCUUCCAAGCCCCGCCCCAAGGCCGCCGGUGGCUACUCCGGCGACGGCCCCGACAAGAAGAAGGGGGUCUCCGGUCCUGGGUUUAGGGCGGUUAAGCUGAAGAAGGAGGAGAAGGUGGAGGAAGACGACGACGACGAUGACAAGCCCAUUUCGAGGAAGUUGAGUAGCUUGAAGAGGGAAGAGAAGGUGAAGGAAGAGGACGACGACGAUGAUGACAAGCCCAUUACGAGGAAGUUGGCCAAUGUCAAGGUUGAUAAGGAAGUGAAUGUGAAGAAGAAAGUCAAGCAAGAGGAUGUUAAGACGGUUAAAGUUGAAGUGAAGCGGAAGAGGAGCGUGGUUGUAUCGAAGGUGGAAACUGGGAAGAAGAGGGAGAAGAAGGUCUACGAUUUGCCUGGCCAGAAGCGCGAUCCUCCCGAAGAGAGAGACCCACUGAGGAUUUUCUAUGAGUCGCUGCACAAGCAAGUUCCCCGCAGUGAGAUGGCGCAAUUCUGGAUGAUGGAGUCUGGGUUGCUACCCAAAGAUGAGGCAAAGAAGGUUUUCGAGAAAAAACAGAGGAAGGGCCAAGCUCCAAAACAUAGUUCCCCUGCAAAAUCUGCCAUAUCAGUUCAGAGAAGCUCUCAAACCAUGUCCAUCAAGAAGAAAGAUCUGUCUUCUUCAGUGUAUUCCAAAAAGAAGACAACGGAUGUCAAAGUAUUGUCGAAGCAGCCCAAGAAGCCCAAGGAUGAAGACAGUAGCUGUGGCGAAGAUUCAGAUGACGACUUUGUUAUUUCUAAAACAAAGAGACAGAGAACUGGUAAUUAGUUCUUUCGUUCUUAGCUGCUUUUAUCAUCUUUUAUUGUUGAGCUUGAUCCAACAUUACUUCAGACAGAUCUAGCUCUUCAGUGCUUUCUUUCAUCAGGAAGUUUCUCGAUAUUUUAGUUCACAGAUCUCAAUUUGCAUUGAAAGAGAUUGAUUGUCAACAAAACAAGUUCUUUGAUUCAGCUUAAGUCGGUGAGCUAUUGCUUAUGUGCCGUGUAGUUCAUAUUGUACUGGUAGGAUCUGAAGAAGUGACUGAUGAAAUCAUGGAUCGAUAUUGGUGAUCAAGGGCUUUUCCUCCCU